GUGUUCCCACAACUACCAGACUUUCUGCUAAAUACACAUCGACUUGCUGUCGUGUUCACGAGCCUGCGACAGGCUCCGAUUUCGUGUUUUUGGAUCAGUAGCCGGAUUUUGGUGUGGAAACGUCGUCCGUCUGACGUCGAUUAGCGGUGACUGUAGUGCAAGUAGAGUAAUACGGACUACGGAUAUUCACGUGGAGCUAUUGUCGACGUCAAGCGAGUGUUAGAGGGCGGUUGUUUGUGUACUGUCGAUGGGAUGUGGUGCUAGCGUGCAUGUGAGCGAGAGCGAGAGCUGUCUGGUCGAACAGGGAGCUCACUGUGACGAAACAGAGAUCGCAUCCGCGAAAGGAGGCGAGUCGGCGAGCCUCUCCGGCGUCGUCGGGCAUCUCGAGCAGUUGGAGGAGACGUUGAAGGAGGCACUGAAGUCGAAGCGGCUGUCCAUGGAGGCCGAGACGCAAACCCAGCACUGGAGGCAGGGCGCCGCCGGCAAGUGCAGCAAGCCAAAGCGUGAAGUUGAAUUUGGACCCAUGAAGUUGACACAACCCGUGAUGCAGAUUUUGUUGGUUUUUCCUCGUGAGGACGCACAGAGCGAUGCGUUCUGGUGGGCUGCGGAACGGGGUGGCUACUCGUGUGAUGUUGUUGUGGGAGCCGCGCCUGCUUUCGAGUGCUUCGUUCAGAAACAUCACGAGGUUGUCAUAAUUGAUUUACGGAAUCAAGAAGCCUUGGAUGGUUUUGCGUUAUGCAAGCAGCUGAGAUCUGUUCGAGAGAGUCAGUAUGCAGUGAUUCUAGGCAUAUUGCCAGCUAGUUCCUCUACUUUAGAGGAAGAGUUUAUUGGUGAUCUGCUAUCAGUGGGCUUUAACAAAAGGCUUACUGAGAAUCAUGACGUUGGGCAUUGUUACAAUGAGCUGGUCAUGCUUGAACGUGGUGAAGUAUUGUUGUUCUUCAAACUUCUCUCAACUAGAGCGUUAUGGGAGGCUAUUGAGAGUUGCUUUGAUGGUAUUGAGAUAACUACACCAGAUGCAGAAUAUCAGUAUGUUAAUCAUGCCUUCGAGCAGAUGUCUGGUUACCAACAAAGUGAACUGCUCGGUAAAUUUCCGAGAGAAGUAGUGAAAAGUGAUCUAAACAAACCGGAAAUCUUUAAGAGCAUGAACGAAUCUGUGACAUCAGGACGGACGUGGCAUGGACGAACGUUUGGGGCACGAAAAAAUGGCGAAAGUUAUCCUCAAGAUGUUCGGAUUAUUCCUGUGUUUUCACCUUCAGGUAACAUUAUUCACCAUGUUGGGAUUAAGAGAGACAUUUCUCAACAAGUAGAGGCUCAUGAUAGCUUGAGACAAGUAGCUAAACGAAUAGCAGAAGUGCAGGAGGAGUUGCAGAGUCAGUCUGAGCCUUCUCUGUACCCAGGGAGGAAUGGAUUAGGCACUCCCAAACGAAGAAUGUCGCCAGCCGUGCUUCCAAGUCCUAGCCUUUCUCGUAUGCAUCGUGACUCUUUGUCUCAAGAGGCACCGAUUACAAAGGUGAUGAAUAUGCUGAACAGAGCUCAAGAACAGAGUCCUAAUGGCUUUUACCAGUCAUUGGAAAAAGUUAUGGAUUUGUUGAGAUCGACUGAACUUUACCUUCCUUGGCAGACAGGCAUGAUGAUUGAGGAUGAUCCAAGGACUCGUGACUUUGUUGGUGGUCUGAUGGGGCCAUCUGUACGGAAACUUCAAACUGCAUCAUUGGCUGAUCUACGAUCACAAGCUCCUGGUAGUCCUAAGUUGCCCAAGUUGCCUGAGUUAUCAGAAGCAUCUUCAGGUAUUCAUUCGGCAUUGAGAGGCUGUGAAUCAUGGGAGUUUAGGAUCCUCGAGUUGGAGCUAGUUUCCGAUCACAAGCCUUUGUAUUGGCUGGGUCAGCGUUUGUUUAGUCGUAUCAACUUGAGCAAGAUUCUCAAUAUUCCCGAAAACACACUUCGUCACUGGUUGCAACUCAUGGAGGGAAAUUAUCAUUCUAGCAAUACGUAUCACAACUCAACUCAUGCAGCUGACGUUCUUCAUGCCGCUUGUUACUUUCUGGAGCAGUCAAACGUGAAGGAAAUGUUGGAUUCGUUAGACGUCGCGGCUGUCCUUGUCGCUGCUGUCGUUCACGAUAUAAAUCACCCUGGAAAGACGAACUCGUUUUUAUGUAGUUCUGGCGAUGAUUUAGCUAUUCUAUAUAAUGACAUCUCUGUAUUGGAAUCACAUCAUGCAGCAUUUUCAUUUAAACUGACAACCACGACACCGGGCUGUAAUAUCUUCAAGGGUCUUUCACCGGAUGAUUACAGAAAAGUAAGACAGUCUGUUGUGGACAUGGUGCUUGCUACCGACAUGACGAAACACUUUGAGUAUCUCAAGAAGUUUGAGAAUCUAAUGAAGGUAAACUCUCUGGUGGACGGUGAGCAGCCUCAGAUUGUUGUGACCCAAGAUGCGAAGAUAGCUGCGAAGCGGAUUCUAAUCAAAACAGCCGACAUUGCUAAUCCAUGUCGACCACAAGAUAUGUGUAUAGAGUGGACCAAACGAAUAUCAGAAGAAUACUUCAAACAAACUGAGGAGGAGAAGAGACAAGGACUUCCUGUGAAUCUUCCUGUAUUUGAUAGGACUACCUGCAAUAUACCAAAGUCUCAGCUUCAGUUUAUUGAGUACUUUGUAUUGGACCUGUUUUCUGCUUGGGAUGUGUUUGCUGAUGUACCCGAAAUAAUGAGUCAUCUUCAAACAAACUACCAGCACUGGAAGGACGAAGCGGUUGCCGAAGAGGAACGAAGAAAUGUGGUUUUGAAUUAUCACAGUAAUUCAGUGUGCAGACCUUCACCAGACGAUUCUGCAAGAGGGACAGCAAGCACCACAAGUUUAGAUGAAGUUCAGUCAAGUUAGGACAUAUCCAGUGUGGCAGUGGUAUGCCGGUUGCUUUAGCAUGUACAUACAUAUACAUUAUCAAGUUCUUGUGCAUGUGCAAGCGUUUCUAUUUCACUAAUGUAGUACAGAAGUAUUAUAUUCGUCUAUAAAUUGGAAGAUUUUUUUGACGUGAUUGUUUUGUACAGUAUUUAGUGAUUUAGUGGCAAAGUUGUGUGUUGUCCUGUGUGCAAGUA